ACGCGCCCCUGGCUCAGAAAGUCCGUCUGAAAAACACAUUCACUUUAUAACCUGCGCCAUGGGAGAGUUACCGGAGCAGACAAACUUUACACAGGUGAUUGACGACAUUUUACAAUCAGCACCAAAAGCGACGAAAGAGCUGGUGGACAACCACAGUAACCUGCUGAAGGUGGCGGAGUACUGCGAGAGCAACUACCUCCAAGCAGAAGACCAGACAAAGGCUGUGGAUGAGGCCAAGGCUCUGGCCGCUCAGGCUCUGGCCAGUGUGGCAUAUCAGAUCAGCAGUGUGGCCUGCACCCUUCUCAAACUGCUGGACUUUCAGAGCUGCCAGAUCAAAAACAUGGAGUCCUCCAUCAACCUGGUGUCACUGGCAGCAGCGUUCCACCUGGAGAAGGUGGCCCGCAGAGAGAUAGGCGUCUUCACUUCACCUAAAAACUGUCCCCACACCAAGGCUAUAGUGCCCCCUCCAGGAGGCAUCGAGCCGGAGAGGAGAUACUCCAGAACACCUAUUUCAUACAGUGAUCUGGACACCAUAGGACACUACUUCCAGGGGACAGGGCAGCAGCCUGAAAAGAAAGAGGAGACCAUCGCUAACAUCACCAACAUAACCACUUUUGGCAUUGCUGUCCCACCACCCUCUGUCCCCACUCAGCCCAACAGCUUUUCCGGUGACUCUCUGCCUCCUACUCCAUCCAUGACAUCAGUUGUACCUGCACCGAUCUCCACCCUCUCCUCUGCUCCUCCUUCUCCUCCUCCACCCGCCCCCUCCUCUGUGCUCUCCCCCUCUACUCUCCCUCCACCUCCUCCACCCGCCCCCUCCUCUGUGCUCUCCCCCUCUACUCUCCCUCCACCUCCUCCACCCGCCCCCUCCUCUAUGUUUUCCCCCUCUACUCUCCCUCCACCUCCUCCUCCUGCAUCAGCCCCCUACUCUGUGCUCUCCCCCAUUACUCUCCCUCCACCUCCUCCUCGUCCACCCGCCCCCUCCUCUGUGCUCUCCCCCUCUACUCUCCCUCCACCUCCUCCUCCUGCAUCAGCCCCCUACUCUGUGCUCUCCCCCUCCACUCUCCCUCCCCCUCCUCCAGCCAUGACCCCCACAUACUCCAGUUACCCUCCUCCACCCCCACCCCCUGGUUCCAUGUCAGCAGACGGCUCUUCUCUCCCUCCUCCACCUCCUUUGCUGUCACAUAUUGAGUCCUUACCUCCCCGUCCUCCUCCAUCAGGCUCAGGGUCCUUACCUCCUCCUCCUGCCCCUGCCUUUUCCUCUGCCACAGGUGUACUGCCACCUCCACCACCCCCUCCUCCACCUAUUCUUCGGUAAUAUUGUUUUCUCUGAAGAUGUGUUUAAGCUUUAAAGAGUUUAUUUUGGUACAAAUAAAUGUGUUGAUACAGAGAUUCAUAACUAAUAGGAAGCAAUACAAAUUCUUUUUUGAGUUGUUACAGAAUAUAACCAGGCUCUAGAUGUAUAGAUAGAUUUGAUUUGAGACGGUGUAAGCUCUCAUGUGUCUUGGAGUGGUUCAGUGUAGAGAAGGUUUCAAUGGUGGUCUCCUGGACACAGUUUUUAGGCAUUUAAGACGUUAUGGCUCCCGCUCAGAGAAGGAUAAAUCCUAGUGCCUCACAUCAAAUUAAAAAUGGCUUCUGGAUGGGAACUGAAACAUCUUGAUUGCAAAAACAUUGUCCAGAUGAUCAUUGUUGAGACCUUUCUUUAUAUUUGUCAUUUUCAGAUCACCCAAAUUGAGUGGGCUGGGAACCCGGCUUAUAUGUUACUAUUUAUAAUAUUAUAACUAAUCAUUUCGACAAAUUGUCUAUAUCACAUUACAUAAUUUGAACAAAUAGGUUGCCAAUAACAUUACAAAGAGAAUGCAGUCUUUCUUUGAGCAUGGAAGAACAAGCACCAAAAAACACAACUCUGUCAGGAUUUCUCCCUUCAAAGUGUUACCUCUUCAUCAGCGUUGUUCUUUCAGAUUUGCCACGAUGACCAGAUGUGUGUUACUUUUGCUUUUUUUUUUAUUACAAGAGGAACUGUUUCCUCCUGUAUGUACUGCAGUGAAGCUAUGAACAAACAUGGGUUUAAUUUAGGUGUGUCCUGGCCUUUUAUGACAUCUGUGCAUGUACAAAUAAAUACUUCAAAAUCAC